GUAGCACGAUCUCUUUCCGCCGCUCCUUCAGUACAAUUGGGCGGGGAAAUGAUCCACCCCACCGGAAUCGCAUGGCGACGAAGCUUCCGGGCUGUGUUGGUUCCCGCUCCUUCCUGUGACAGAUUCGCUGGCGUAUCUCGCCGCAGGAGGAAGUGAGGUGCAUGCGCCGGACUCGGCGUUGGAGUUGGUGAUGGCGGCUGUUGCCGCUGCUACACAUGUUGGGAAAGGAAAGCGGCAGUUCUUGAGUUUGUGGGCAAAAGCGUUUUCCAUCCCCUGCAGGCACCGGCAGAAGAAGAAUUGGGCAACCACCCGCCCUCGGUUGUCUGCUACCAGACUGGCUCUGCAGAACUUCGACAUGAACUACAGUGUACAGUUUGGCAGUCUCUGGCCUUCGAUCCGUAUCAGCCUUCUCUCAGAGCAGAAAUAUGGAGCUCUUUUCAACAAUUUCUCUGAUAUACAGCAGAUCAGCCAGGAACUGGAAUGUCUGAAUGCUGUGGAUUUCAUUUGGGAAUCUCAGAAAGUGGUGCAAGAUCUGAAUUCCACAGCAGGACAAGAGGCUAGUGAAUCAGCUGUGUCAACUCGGGCUGUACCUCCUGAGUCUCAACCACAGCCACUUCCUUGUCUUUCUACACUAAUUAGUUCCAACAUCAAAUGUUACACAUUCCCCAAAGGAGACAUCAGCCUCUUUCCUCCUGCCAGACCAGAUGCACUUGGAAUCCUGGGCUACUACCUCUUGGAUGCUGCAUCGGUCCUGCCUGUAUUGGCUCUCAAUGUGCAGCCUGGUGACUUAGUCCUUGAUCUCUGUGCAGCACCAGGUGGAAAGACACUAGCACUUCUACAAACUGGAUGUUGUCGAGAAUUAGCAGCCAAUGAUGUCUCUGUUUCUCGCACUGGCCGAUUGAAUAGAGUUCUCAGUAGCUACAUUCCUAAAAACCUCUGUGAAAUAGUGCGGAUUACAUCAUGGGAUGGAAGGAAGUGGGGAGACCUAGAGGCGAACACUUAUGAUAGGGUGCUUGUGGAUGUGCCCUGUACAACAGACCGGCAUUCACUCAUGGAAGAGGACAAUAACAUAUUCCAAAACAUGAGGAAAGGAGAGCGUCAGAUGUUGCCAAUGCUCCAGCUGGAGUUGCUUGUUGCUGGGAUCCUUGCUGCCAAGCCAGGAGGAGAGGUGGUGUACUCAACAUGUUCCUUAUCUCAGCUACAAAAUGAGUAUGUGGCUGAGAGAGCAGUGGAGUUACUAAACAUCCAAUACAACAUUGAUGUCCGUGUUGAAGACUUAAACAUUUUUAGGAGACUAUUUCAGGACACAUUUUCUUUCUUUCCAAGCUGCCGACUUGGAGAGCUUGUUCUUCCCCACCUCACAUCCAACUUUGGACCCCUGUAUUUUUGCAAAUUGCGCAGAUUGGGAUAGAAUAGACAGGGUAUGCUGUAAAAGGAGGGAGAACAUGUACUCGUCUUUUCAUUUGACAUCUGUCACUUGGUGUUGUGGGGUGGUGGUAAUUGAAUUUACAGAACAGCAGAAAUGUAUUUCUUGAAUGACUGUACCUUGGGCUUUACAUGUAACUCACAGCCCGUGACUGUUGUCAAAAACCUUUUAUAACCUUGAAUAAAAAUGAAACAAAAAUACGAA